UUUUUUUUUUCGGUCGAAUUUCCUUAUUCUUUCCUCUGCCCACUAAAUUUUCGUUAGCCCUCCUCCAGGCCCAAAAUUCAAUGUUCGGUUAAAAAAUUGGCUCGCUUGUAAAGUGUACUGGAUAAGUGCCUUCCCGUUGAAGACGACCCAUAGAAACUGUAAAUUAUGUGACAGCACGACGCCAGCGCACGGUAUCGGCCCCGCGUACACAGCCUCCACCACCCCCACUAGCACCAUCAGGACCACACCUCAUUCAGAGCCAGGAGCAGAGAGCGGACGCGGAUCCGUGCCGCCAAACAACUCGCAGUGGAACAAGGGGAGACGCACGGUAAAGCUUUGUCACGGCAAGGCCAUGGCGAUCCAUGAGCAGAUCGACAACUUGAACAUUUGGUGGUUCCCGCGCGAUUUCUGCCAGUCGCGCUUCGGCGAGUUCCAGCAAAGCGGGACCAAUUCAUGUACACUCAUCUCGCUCAUACUGGCCGACAAGGUGGCCAAGGCCGAGCGGUUUUAUCAGCGCGUUGCCGAACUGCCUCCGCGCGGCUGGGAGCUCUUUGGGAAUGCCAUGAACGAUGGCAACAAUGUGUAUCAUAAUGUCAUCACAACCAAUACGCCGCAGGCGCGAAACCUCAAUCUAAACAUACCGGAUGCAAUUGCUGCCAUACGUUCGCAACAAAAGAUGAACUUCCGGCUGGAGGAGUGGUUCUACACACACAUGGAGGCCGAUCCCUCGAAUCCAAUGUAUAACAGGAAUGUGGCGCUGCAGCUGUCGCGCAUCUUUCAGAUAACGCUGCAGGUGUUCCAGCAGGCGGGCGGGCGCGACAUGCCCCAGCAUCUAUUUUCGGCCAUUAUUGCCGACAGUCGCACGGUGAUGGUCACUUUCGAUUUUCGUGCCUCGAUUGUCGCACUCUUCGAUUCCCAUCAGCAUGGAAGAGAUGCAGGGGCCGUCUUCGCCCAGUGCACCAUCCAGAACAUGGACGAUCUAUUAUUCUGGUUCAUCAGCAUGCUGCACAAUGUUUACUCUAGUCGCCCGUCAUUAUUCGAGAUCUCGUUCCUCAGCUCACAGCCGGGUGUGGCCAAGCGUAUACCGCCGGCGAUCAAAAAGGUAGCGGGCGAGAUGAAGAAGCCGACGAAAACAAUGGCAAGGCCUUAGAAAACAACAAAAAGAAAACGAAAACCGAUCCACUAAUACAACGAGAUGGAAAUGUUUUCAAGAAAGUUUCGAAUGGAAUUUUUGCGGAUUUAGAAAAACUUAAUAAUGAUGAUGAUAAUCAUAAUGGCGCUACAAAAUUCUUUGCAAAAAUUAACACAAAAUUGAGCUCAGUUGCUCGCGUUUCCGACAACUGAGAAGUUUAAACAAAUUCCUGUCAAGUGCAAAUUGAUAAAAUCAGAAAUUCAAAAUUAACGAGACCCACAAUAAAAGUAAACGCUAAAACACCAA